GUUUCUCAGGCUGCAGCAGACUUGAAGCAGUUCUGCCUGCAAAAUGCACAACAUGAUCCCCUACUGACAGGAGUGUCAUCAAGCACAAAUCCUUUCAGACCCCAGAAAGUUUGUUCAUUUUUGUAAUUACGUGAACUACUUCAGUAUCUUUUAGUGAUCUUCUAGCAUCUUUUCCUAGCUGCUGAUGUGUGUAUGGGCAAAGUGCCUCAAGGAGUGGCCUGGUUUGAAGUCUGUACAAAAGCUUAGCUUUUACGUGCCAAAUCUAACUGUAAAAUUGCUCCUGUUGUCAAACCUCUUACCAUCUACCUCUCCAAAUGAACUGUAUGCUAGUUACAAUACUUCUGUUUCAUAAGGGAAUCAGUUUUAUAUGCCAAGCAAAAAAAAAUAAAUAAAAGUGUCUUGACUUAA